AUGUUUUCAGAUAGAUGCCCUACCUAUACUGCAAUGGAGGAGUGGUACUCAGGAUUCAAUCUGGGCCUCAACUCCAAACUGGAAUGGGACGCAGGACUUUCCAGUGACGCUUGUAACGAAGCAAGAGGUAUUGUACCCUCCAAUGCACCUCAUAAAUUCAAGGCAGAAAAAUAUGAUAAUGGAAACCCUCUAAGGGACGGUUUGAAAGGACAAAAUACAAACCGAGAAUGUACGCAAUCUUCCUGCACACACCAAAUAUGGAUGCAACAGCUACUUCGAAGGGAACCUAGUAAAAGUCGUCUGUGUCUACAAGUGAUGAUGGAAUGA